GUAGCCGCAUAUACAAUGGCUCCAGCGAUCCGCCACGAUGUAUACCGCUGUCGAGUGUGCAGGGGGAUUCAUCCAUUGAGGAGCUGCCAGCGAUUCCGGCAACUGCCGGCUGUGAAGCGGCUCCGGGCAGUCUUGAUUAACAAGUACUGCGCUAACUGUCUGGCCCACGAGCAUUCGGGCCGGUCGUGUCGCAGCAAAGCGAGGUGCCGCAUCUGCCGAGAGGCCCACCACACUCUGCUGCACAUCCGCGGCGAACAGCCAGGCUCUUCGAGGCCUCAACGGAAGCGUGAGCCACAAGCAGCGCCUCAGCCUCAACGGCGUCAGGAGGUGGGUUCGACCGGGUCACGACGCUCAGCCUCGCCGAUGGAUAGGUCCCCACCCCACAGCUCAUUGUCAACGCCGACGGGCGCGCCUAGCUUGGUGCGGACGAGCGUCAGCAUCCUUCCGACCGCUGCCGUGCUCAUUGGGUCCGAGCAGAAGAGAUUCGAUGUGCGAGUCUUGGUGGAUCCGUGCAGCCCCGUGAGUCGCAUCCACGUCUCGCUGGUGAAGGCCCUCAACUUGGCCGUCACGGGCGUGGGCAACGAACGAAUUCCAAGCUGGGAUGGAUUCUUUCGGGACGCUGUUCUCUGUCCUAAAUGUGCAAGUAUUCCUCUUGCAAGGGGGGGAGAAUGUUCAUGCCGAACAGCUGAGUCCGGUAUCCCGCCAGCAGAGCAUCGCUGUUGGCGGAAUGUUGCGAAAGUGGGAUAUGAAGCCGUUAUUUUAUGUGAGAAAAUUACUUGAAAAUAAAACCC